CGAACACGUCCAUUGCAUUAAAUUUAGAGGCGUGCGCGCAUGCGUGAUUUAGCUCCGCCUGCUGCAUUGCUGGACUGGAAGUUCGGAACCUUUCAAACCAGUAUUGCCUCCAGGAGAAGGACAACAGACAAAUCAUAAACCAUGGUGUUAAAUCCAGUCAUCAACAAGUUGACUGGGAAGCUCGUGGUUCUUGCCAGUGCGUCUCCUAGAAGGCUUGAGAUUUUGACUAAUGUGGGGCUGCGAUUUGAAGUUGUGCCGUCUUGGUUUAAAGAGACGUUGGACAAAUCUUUAUUUACAAGUCCACAGGACUAUGCUGUGGAGACUGCCAGGCAGAAAGCUCUGGAGGUGGCCAGGAGAAUGCCAUAUAAACACUUGAAAACCCCUGACAUUGUCAUCGGAGCAGACACUGUUGUGACAGUGGACGGUCACAUCCUGGAGAAACCAUCAGACAAGCAAGAUGCUUACAGGAUGUUGUCCAGCCUGAGUGGGAAAGAGCACAGCGUCUUCACGGGAGUAGCUAUCGUGCUGUGCCAAGAGAAAGAAGACAAAGAGGUUGACUUCAACGUGGUGGACUUUUACGAGGAGACCAAGGUGAAGUUCGCCGAGUUGUCAGAAGACAUGCUGUGGGAGUACAUCAACAGUGGGGAGCCAAUGGACAAGGCUGGUGGUUACGGCAUCCAGGCGCUGGGAGGCAUGCUGGUGGAGUACGUCCACGGGGACUUCCUCAAUGUGGUCGGUUUCCCUCUCAACCACUUCUGCAAGACACUGGGCACCAUCUACAACAGCCCUCCGGAGAGCCCGGUGCUCAAGAUCGCUCGGGAGGACUCCUCGGGGGAGACCUGGCCCCUGGUCAACAGCCUGUCCAAAUGCGCCGAGAACGGCGAGCUGGAGCCGUCGGACCCGGCGGACGACGACGGCGCCGACGGCGCCGACGGCGGCAGCGAGGCGGUGUCCAUUAGCGGGGCCAGUGCCAGCGGGGUCCAGGAGCAGAACGUUGUCGGGCCCGAGUCGGCGUCGGACUCGGUGUCGGAGUCCGCGUCGGCGUUUAGCUGCAACCGAGAGGACUUCCCCCACAAAAUAGUGGACAUCAUGGAUGGGUUCAAAGCCUCAAAGGCUUUGUUUGCGGCCUGUAAGCUGAACAUCUUUGAUGUUCUGAGCGUGUCAGAGGAGCUCUCGGCCAAGGAGGUGGCGUCGAGGAUUAAGGCCUCUGAGGAAGGGUCAGCGCGGCUGCUGGACGCCUGCGUGUCUCUGGGUCUGCUGGAGAGGAGGACGCGCAAUGAUGGAGACCCCGUGUACAGCAACACGGCGGAGGCCGGUCGGUUCCUGGUGGCGGAGAGCCCGCUGUCACUGCACGGCUACAUCCUCCACUGUAAUGACCUGGUGUGGCCCCUCUUCACCCAUCUGGAGUCCGCUGUCAGGGAAGGAGCCAAUCAGUAUGAGCGAGCCUUUGGGAAGAAGGCCGAGGACCUGUUUCAGGAUGCAUACUUCAAAAAAGAGGAAGUGAAGUUGAGGUUCAUGAAAGCCAUGCACAGUAUCGCUAAAGUGACUGCGAAAGACCUGGCUACAGCUUUUGAUCUGUCCAUGUUUAAAACGGCAUGUGAUGUUGGAGGAUGCACUGGAGCUAUGGCUUACGAGUUUACCCAGAUUUACCCAGAAAUGUCAGUAUCUGUUUUUGACUUGCCACAUGUCAUUGCUAUGAGUGGCCGUUUCCAGCCGAGAGAACCAAACGACAGAGUGACAUUUGUUGCCGGUGAUUUCUUUAAAGAUCCACUACCCAAAGCAGAGCUGUACAUCUUGGCAAGGAUUCUCCAUGAUUGGUCCCUGGAGAAAGUACACCAGCUACUAGAUAAACUUUCUAAGCACUGCAGUCCAGGCAGCGGCGUGCUGGUGUGUGAGAUCCUGCUGGAGGAGGGGCGGCGGGGGCCGAGCCGGGCCUUCCUGCAGGCUCUCAGCAUGACCGAGGGCUCCCAGCGCAGCGCCUCCCAGUACACCCUGCUCCUCGGCCAGCACGGCUUCACCCAGACCCGCCUCAGGAACACCAACAACCUCCUGGACGCCAUGCUCUUCCUCAAGGACUGAACAUGACCAUUGUUGACGAUGAUGAUGAUGAUGAUGAUGAUGAUGAUGAUGAUGAUGAUGAUGAUGAUCAUCAUCAAAUCCUAUUGGUUAUGGGAUUUGGCAGACGCCUUUGUCCAAAGCGAAUGAUGAUGAUUAUGAUGAUAAUGAUGAUCAACUGGCCCUCCUUCUUCUCAAAUUGUCAAGCACAUAUCAUGAGCUUUCUUUACUGAGCCCAAUGACUAACGAUGAUCUCUCUAAUGAGUUUAUCGUGUGUGUUUUUUUCCCUAGCUGUUGACAACAACACUACCUGUAGAUUUCUCUGCUUUUGUAAUUGAAUUGUAAAUAAUCAUACUAAUUUAUUGACCACUGAAAAAUUGUUGAUAUAACAAAUAAUGAAAUAAAUAUAUUUUUUAAUCCCAA